GUCGUUUAACUGUUUCUUUAUAAGAAACUAAUUUUUGAAUUUGCGGUUGUGAUAUUAUUGAUCGAAAGUAGCGAAAUAGUACAUUUAAAUAUAUUUUUUGACGACAAACUUAUAAUAAAUAUCAGAUAUUAUGUAUAUUUUGUAUUGUUAACGUAUUUUAAUAUAUUAUGUUCUGAAAGAACAUCUUUUAAUAGAUUAACUUUUGUAUUUUGUUUACCUUCAUUAAACAAAAGAGUGACUAUCAUUAAAUUGAUAUCUUUUAAUAAGUGCUCAAUCUCGAUAAAAGAAAUACAUAUUUUUACGAUGGCAUCGACGAGGAAAAAUAAAAUGUCAUCUCGUUCUACAUCACCGACUAUUGAUAUUAUCGAUUUGACAGAUGAAUCGUAUUUGCAUAGAUCUUCACAAACUUAUAGCAAUACUUCUGAAGAUCUUCCUAAUUCGUAUGGUUCAAUAACCAGAGCACAAUAUAAUUUAAGCCUACAACAAGAAGAAACAGCCACGUUAGUCUCAACUGUUUUAGAUACUAUAGGCACAGCCAUAGCAAUCACUACAUCUAGAAAUACAAAUAAAAGAAGGAAUAGAACCAAUGGUAGAAGAACAAGAAUCAGAGUUUCCAGCAGAAGUAGAACUCGUGCUGAUGCAAGAUCUGUAAUUGAAGAACCAAAUGAAAUAAUUGAUUUAGAUGAUACUGCUUCACCCAAACACAGUGGUCCUUGGUGCAUUAAUGAUUCUAGUACUGUUGCACCUACAGCAUUAGUUUGUGCUAUAUGUCUUGAAGAGUUACAAUCCAAACGCAAGCCUACAACAACAAGUUGUGGGCAUAUAUUUUGCGAAGAAUGUUUGAAAAAAGUAAUUCGUGAGAAAAAAAAGUGUCCUACAUGCCAGUCAAAGAUCACUCAAAAAUCAUGUACAAGGCUUUACUUUUAAUUAUAUUAAUAAUUAUUAAAGAGCUAAUCACAUUAUUUAACAUGAGAACAAAGAUAAAGUUUGAUAAUUUCAUUGAAGAAUUUAAUUAUACUUUGAUUUUUCUCUCAUUAUAUUUUGUAGUAUGAUGAUUUUUCUAUAUUAUUCUUUUUCCUUGAUUAUAGUGUUGAAAGAAUUAAAUAAACAGAAGAAUAGUUCUCCUAAUAUUUUUAAAUAAACACACAUAUACAAUAUAUCUCACCAAAAUAUAAGUUAUUUGACCUUUUUUUUAUAAUUAAAAAACCAUUAAAAAUUAUAUGACAUUGACAAUUUAUAAGUAUUUAAUUCCUCAUUAUUACGCUAUAAUCGAGAUAAAUUUAUUUUUUU